AUGAAGCGAAAGGCCGCGUCAGAAACUGCAAACAGCCAAUUGAAGCGAACACCUCGGCAGGACCCUGUCUCCUGUGCAUCGUGCAGGGCGAAAAAGAUCAAGUGUGACCGACAGCUCCCAUGUGGAAGUUGUUCAGCGCGCAGACUAUGCUGUAGGUAUGACAGGCCCGCUACGACCGCAGGGGAUGGCACAAUUCGAGAGACAUGUCCAUCGGCUCAUGGAACCUCUCUCCUCAAUCAGAGCCAACAAAGCGAAAGUUCUUCUGCAACCACAAAUAGUCUGGACUCCAAGAACAAUAGGGAGUUGCUACAGACAGCCGACUGGCUGGAAAAUAUUCACAUGGCAGCGAGGAUCGGGGCAGUCACUCCAGCCUGGCUUCGUGACGGGCAGCGUGAGCCUCGAAGGACCACAGACUCGAUCCUGACUCCUGAAUCUGGUCCUUCCGGGUCGUCUCUUGCAAACUUGUACAAAAAUUGGUCUGCUUCUACCGAAAACCCCGCAACAAUCAAUCUGGUGGCCUGUCUUCCCGAUAAGCCCCAGGCGAUGGCACUACUUCAGUACUACGUCGACUACGUCGGACCCUUAUACCAUAUCAUCGUUGCAAGCCGCGUCAAGUCUCAGAUAGAGAAUAUUUAUAACUCGGUAGAAGUGGGAAAAACAAUGGCUCUAGACCAUAUCGCGCUCCUUUUCAGCAUAAUAGCAAGCUCUCUAUACGUGCAAUUAUCCCUCAACACUUCUACCGAUGCAGAAGCUUGCAGCCGCGAGUUUUCCUACCUAACGGGUGCGGCCCUAAUCCAGUGCAACUUUAUUGCGUCUCCAACAGUUGAGGGGCUGCAAGCGACCAUGAUCGUUAUGCACAACCUCUGUACUUGGAAUAUACACCCGUCCGUCAGCGCACUAUUUGCGCUUGGGACGACACUUACUCAGGCUAAGGCUCUAAUGCUCCACUGCAUCGAUUCGCCGAGACUACGCGAGGAAAGAGAGGGGACCGGCUUUGACCCUCUCGAAGUAGAGCUCAAAAGGCGGCUUUGGUGGGACCUGGUAACUUACGACUGGCUCCUUGGUAAUUUGACUGGUCCCCAAGAAUGGACCUACUCAAUACAACAGAAUCAUAUGAACGUUCAUCAACCCUCCAACAUCGACGAUGAACUUAUAGAGAAGGAAGGCACAGUAUCGUCGCUGCCUAGCACCGUUCCUACACAAAUGUCUUACGCUCUCCAGCGCCUCAAGCUAGCGACGCUAUGCCGGGAGAUCAUCGACAUAAGAUCUCAUGCGCAUCUUCAUGGCCUCGAGGUGGAAUACAGCGAGAUACUCGAUCUGGAUCGAAAGUUGCACCAGCUGAUCGCUGAGUGUCCAGAAUUCUUCCGCCUUGAUCCGGGCUCCCGGCGUCGAUUUGAGUCAGUCUACAAAGAACGACCGGAAAUCGCAUGGCAGACAUAUAAUCUGCAGCAAGGAUACUUUUCACGGCUAUGUCGAUUGCACCGGCAUCACUUCAUUCGGGGUGCGCGUGAGCCUGCCUAUGCAUAUUCGCAUGUUGUUUGCCUCCGGUCCGCUCGUAAAGUGCUUGAGAUUAAGAGGAUAAUGGAUGAGGGUGAUCUUGGCUAUCAACCGCCAGUUUCAGUCGUCUGGUGUGUUAUCCACCAUGUUUUCAUGGCGGCUGUCAUCUUGUUGAUGGAUGCUUGCUUCAACUGGGACGACAUCUUAGCGGCGAGAAGAAAGGAGGAAGUACUCGAAGCCUGCCGCAUGCUAAGCAGGGCGCACGAGUCAUCUUCCCUAGUGCGACAAGGGAUCAACGCAAUGAUGCGUGUGCUGCAGAAACAUUGGAGAGGCGAGGGUAAUAGAUCUGAUACGAUGCUGGAACCUCGCUCGGUCGAAGAGUCGGCAUGCGUCGUCCCAGGCACGACGGGAGUUUACCAUAAUGCAUCGACUACGAUUGGCUUGAGUGGAUCAAUGGCUACCGCAAUCACCAGCUCGCCUCCUACUGACAGACAACUUGAAGAUAUCUGGUCAGACUUGCUGGAGAGCGGUAACAAUCUAGCGCGAGAGAAUACGGAUUGGACCGAUCUACUGAAUGAAUUGACGGACACCCAUUUCCUUGGCAAUCCUCCUCCAGUCAUUAAUUGA